UGAUAGUUUCGAUGACAUUCCAAUUUUGACAGUGACAACAAUUCGCCGCAGUUAAUCGUGACUUUCAAAAAUUGUUUUAGCUAAAUAAUUUGAUUCUUACCGCAAAAUAAUCAGAAUGGCGGCAUCAGUAGUAAACGCUUACAGUGACCCCUGUAUCCCGGAGUGGAUGAAUGCGCCGCACAGCACUGGUACUUCUAUCAUGGCUUGCGAGUUCAACGGUGGCGUGGUGAUCGGUGCCGACUCCCGCACCACCACCGGCGCGUACAUCGCCAACAGAGUGACGGACAAGCUGACCAGGAUCACUGACCACAUUUACUGCUGCAGAUCUGGCUCGGCCGCCGAUACUCAAGCUAUCGCUGAUAUUGUUACUUACCAUCUGAACUUCCACAAGAUGGAGCUUGGUGAACAACCCCUUGUUCAGACAGCAUCAGCCAUUUUCCGUGAACUCUGCUACAACUACCGUGACUCUUUAGUUGCUGGUAUUCUGGUUGCUGGCUGGGAUAAGAAGAGUGGAGGUCAAAUCUACUCAGUUCCAAUUGGAGGUAUGGUCCAGCGUCAAGCUGUAUCUAUUGGUGGAUCUGGUUCAACUUAUGUAUAUGGUUAUGUAGAUGCUAACUUCAAGCCCAACAUGAGCAAGGAGGAGGCCGUCAAGUUUGUAACCAACACCCUCACGCUAGCUAUGCUUCGUGAUGGAUCAUCUGGUGGAGUUGUCAGGCUCGGUGUGAUUACAGAGGCGGGAGUAGAACGCUCUGUGAUCCUCGGAGACCAGUUGCCUAAAUUCUAUGAAGGUUAAUAUUGUAUUCGUAUUUUUUUAAGGUAAAAUAAACUCUGAAAAUAUUAA